UGGGAAGAGAUGGGCUAAGAAUCGUCAUAACAGCUUCUCCAAUUUCUCUCACUAUUUACUCGACUCUCUAAAAUAAAAAAAUUCAGGGCACAAGAAAGGAGAACUGAAAAUCCCUACAAUUUUUUUUCUAAAGGAGGGAAAUGUUAAGAGCAUCAUCUCAUCAUCUUCAACCCAUUUUGUUCACAGCUCCGGCGCCUCUCUUUGCUCUUCUCCCCACUCUCACCAAUCGUACAAACGUUUCCUUUGCACUACUGCAAAAGUCAUCAAUUUUUCAUCCAAACUUCGUACUUACACAACCUAUUUAUAAUCAUAGUUAUUGUAAUCAGGGCUCAAAAUUCAAGAGGGUACCGCACAUGGUUGGUAAACCUUGCACUCCACAAGCCACAGCUUCAUUUAGCACUGGGAACAGUUCUGAAGGUGGCAGAGAAAUAUUAGUGCAGCAUUUGCUUGUUAAAGAAGAUGACAUGAAGCUUUUGCUUGAGCUGCAGAAAAGAGUUGCUGAAGGAGAGGACUUGAGUGACUUGGCUGUGGAAUACUCAAUAUGUCCAUCAAAAGAGGAAGGAGGAAUGCUCGGUUGGGUGAGAAAGGGGCAGAUGGUGCCAGAAUUUGAGGAGGCAGCAUUCAGUGCACCACUAAAUAAAGUUGUAGGGUGCAAGACUAAAUUUGGGUGGCAUUUAUUGCAAGUCCUAUCAGAGAGGGAAGAAUCAAAUCUUGAAUACAUUAAGCCUAUUGAGCUUCACGAGAAAAUUCAGCAUCCCUCUUUUCUUGAAGAGGCUCAGCUGAUUGACGUUCGAGAACCUGAAGAAGUGGCCCAAGCUUCUUUGCCAGGUUUUACGGUUCUUCCACUUCGCCAGUUUAGUAGCUGGGGACCAGAAAUUAUGACUAAGUUUGAUCCUCAAAAGGAUACAUAUGUUCUGUGUCAUCACGGCAUGAGGUCUUUACAAGUCGCCAAAUGGUUGCAGACCCAGGGUUUCAAGAAGGUAUUCAACGUGAUAGGGGGAAUUCACGAGUAUGCUGUGAAAGCGGAUCCAUCAAUACCUACUUAUUGAGCAAGAUUUAUCUUUUACUUGUAUGAAGUUCGACUUUUCAUUUUCGUAGGUUCUUUGCUGUAGCAUUAUCCCAUUAUUUUGUGGAAUAUGUAAUGAUGAUUGAAUGAACUUGAUGGAUCAUUUACAAGAUGGAGAUUAGAGCUUCCUUUUAGCUUAGUCUCCGUCUGGGAAGAAUUUGUAUACAGUACAGGGAUUGUUUAAUUGAGAAAGUUUUAGCAAAUUUGAUAAAAGUUGAUAAAA